AAAGUGAAUCGAAUCAUUAUAAUGAGCUAGAUAAUGAACCAGAUAAUAAUGAGCUAGAUAAUGAACCAGGUGAGUUAGACGAUUAUGAUGAAAAUAUGAUAGAUAAUGAUUCAGAUUUUGAUAGCAAUGAAGAUGAGCAGAUAGAUAGCGAUGAAGCAAUAGAUGUCGAUGAAGUAGUAGAUAGCGAUAAAGCGAUGGAAGUCGAUGAAGUAGUAGAAAUCGAAUAG